CUUCUGGAAGGCAUGCUGGAUGGUGAUCAGUCCUUUAAUGCUCCUGGUGGUGCUGAUUGCCUAUGUGGUCGUCCAGGCCCAGACACACCCAUCCUAUCCCACAUGGAACCCAGCCUAUGAACUAUUCCCCCAAACUGAAGUGAAGCCCUAUCCAGACUGGGUGUUUGCUAUAAUCAUCCUGCUCUGUGUCCUACCUGUGAUCUCCAUCCCUCUGGUGGCCCUCUACAAACUGAUCUGCUGUAGAAUCAGGAAGUCCUCUGCUCGCACAGACCUAAAUUCCUACUGCAACGACGGCUUUGAGGUUGACACACGGGAACAGAAGAACCAGAGAGCUUAAGAAAAUGUUGCAAGUAACAGUGUUACUGAACAGAAAAGGACAUCCUGAUCUUUGCCAGUGCUUCUGUGAAAUUGCAUCUUAAUUCACCAGACAGCUGACUUAUAACUAUUUAUUAAACAUUGGUAUUAUUUCCUUUUGCCCAUUGCUGCGUAGUGUAAAUGAUGGAAAAACCA